AUGAGUGAUUACUCGUCGCAAACUGUAGCCAGCUUGAAGGAGGUUUUGAAAUCUCGUGGAUUGGCUGUUGAUGGUAAGAAAGCUGACUUGGUUCAGCGAUUGACCGAACAUGACGCUCAGAAUGGCGGUGAAAAUUCCACGGCUGGUGAUAAUGAAGCAACCAAACCUGAAGAAGAACUCAAAGAAGAAGAUGUAGCGGAUGAAGCUGCUGCUGAGCCUGCUAAGGAGAACACUGCUAUCGAGGAAGAGGAACAAAAGGAGAGCAAACCCGAGAAAAAAGUCUUGUCACCAGAAGAGAGGAAGAAAUUAGCAGUGGAAUUGUUACAAAAAAAGAUCAAACGAGCUGAAAAAUUCGGUGACGAAGCAGCAGCCGAAGCUUCUCGAAAUGACUUGGCUAGAAUAGAGAAGUUUGGCGUGGAGGCUGGCACCGCCGUGUCGCGUGAAAUUGGACUUGGAGACAGAAGUUUGUCUGACAGUAUAAAGUUCAACAAGAAGCACUCCCAGAAGAAGGGAUUCAAGAACAGAAACAAAAAGAACAAGAAAGGAGGAAAGUAG